GGUGCUGAACAUACUCAGCUGGUCUGCUCCCAGCCCUCAGGUUCACAUUCGAAAAAGUUUCUGUCACCAUCAAGAAAGGAAUUUAAUCUUAACGACAAGUCAAGAUGGGCACUGGGGAUUAUAUCUGUGUAACCAUGAGUGGGGGAGCACCCUGGGGCUUCAGACUGCAAGGUGGCACAGGGUACCAGGAGCCUCUUCAUGUUUGCAAGGUCCGCAGUAUGAGUAAGGCCUCUAAUGCCGGAUUAUGUGAGGGAGAUGAGGUAAUCUCUAUCAAUGGGACAAAUUGCACUGACAUACCCUACUCAGAAGUUGUUGCUCUUAUUGAAAAAUCACUUGAUAUCCUACAGAUAUUUGUGAAAAGAACAUCUAGCAAGACUGUGGCAGUGGAAAAUAAAAAUGGGGAUGAGAAUAUCAAUAAAGAAGAAUACACGGAGAGUACCACACUGCAGAUCCGUACAGGCCCAGAACCUGUAUCCAAAGGACAUGAAAUCUCAGAAACAAAUUGUCAGUCUUUCUACUCAAGGAAAGAGUGUGAAACUGGUGUAAUGGAAGCAGGAAUAGACAAGGAGAUCAUUGUCUGCCACAAGAUAACUCCUAAAGUGAUUGAAACUUCAAAAGGCGACACCACAAUUGACAUUCCUCAGAUAAGAAGUACAGAAGAAGGACUACAAGGUGCUAUGGUAGAACUACAGUUGUCCCUCUCACAAGACAUGCAUUUAAAUACCAGAGGAGUACCUAUGGUGACUCUUUUAGGCGCUGACACAUCUUCUGAAGUGGAGCACAGUAUGCAAAAAAGUGAAGCUGAUGCUCCAGCAUGCCUUACUCAGAAAGAGACACCUGUGCAGAAGGCAUUCACCACAUUCCAGAUAACAGGCAAGCAGCAGGCAAAAAUCAUCCCAGUAACUGAGACACAAGAAACAGCUUUUCCCAGGGUGGAAUUGAUCUUAGACUGCUCUGGCAGAGAAAAUAAGUCCAGAUCUUUGCCUGAUGAGGGGUGUGUUAAGUCUGUAGAGGAAGGAGGGCACUCAGAAGAACCUCCUUCUACUGUCUCCUUUGGAAUCACAGUAGAAGACUCAGAACAAGGCGAGGAGGAUCAGCAGGAUCCCAUCAGACCUAACAAACACCGGGCCAGGCACGCCAGGCUCAGACGUAGUGAGAGCGUCUCUGAAAAGCAAGUUAAAGAAGCCAAGUCUAAAUGUAAAAGUAUUGCUCUUCUCCUGACUUCUGCUCCAAACCCCAAUUCCAAGGGGGUGUUGAUGUUUAAAAAGCGUCGACAAAGGGCCAGGAAAUUUACGUUGACCAGUUACGGCACAGGGGAACUUGAGCGUUACGCAGACGAAGAAGACGAUAACGAGGACGAAGAAAAUAAAGAGAAUACCUAUGAGGUCACCUUCUAUGGAGCUAGUGGAUCAGAUCUAGAUGAAGAUUUUUCAUCAGAUCCUGAAAACAGCUCACAUAUUGUAACAUUUGACUGGGACACUGGGCUAGUAGAGGUUGAAAGGAAACUAAAUACUGCUGAAGGAAUGGAAGAACUUCCAGAGACCAAAGGAAAGGGAGUGCUCAUGUUUGCAAAGAGGAAGGAGAGGAUGGAUCAAAUAUCAGCAGAACAAGAAGAGAUGAGGAAGCAUAGCAUUGAAGAGAAAGUUUCAUUCACAGAGAAUGUAAAUAACACAAUUACAUAUCAGGCAGAGCAGCAACAGAAAACCAUUAAGACCCAGAGCUGUGUAAGCAAGAGUUAUAUAGAAGUCAGCAACAGCCAGCAACAAGUGCAGAAUGGCAUUGCUGGAGCAAAUGAGUCAAACAGUUCAUUUCAGUCUUCUUUAAACAGAACAGCUAGACCCUUUGGUGGGGCUCAAAAUCAGACAGCUCUGCUGUUUUCUCCUACCCGAAAUAUAGCAAGCCCUAUGUCAGAUGUACCUGCACCACCUCCUUAUUCUUCAGUCACUCCACCUCCUGAACCAAGAUUUCAAGUGUCUUCACCAGUGCCUAAUAAAGCCCAGGCAGCUGUUUGGGCUCCAUCCUAUCCUACAGAACAAAUUGCUUCUAGAGAUGAAAGAAUUGCAGUUCCCGCAAGCCAAACAGGGAUCUUAUUGGAAGCCAAACGUAGAAGCACAAAACCUAUGUUCACAUUUAAAGAGCAGCCAAAAGUAAGUCCAAAUCCAGAGCUUCUAACACUUGUUCAGAACAGAGAAGUUAAACGUGGUACUGGUAAUGAGUCAGGACCAGAAGAAGACUACCUCAGUCUUGGAGCAGAGGCAUGUAAUUUUAUGCAAGUUCACAGUGGCAAGCAAAAAACACCUCCACCUGUUGCCCCCAAACCAUCAGUCAAGUCACCAACUACGGUGAUGCCAACAUCACCAGUAUGGACUCCACCAUCUGCUGCUUCUGCGCAGCAACCUUUUGCAGUCCAGAACACAUUUCAAAGUCAAGGUCCUGCAGAAACCACUGUGGCACACUCAAAUUUUCAAUACAAUCCUCCAAACACUCUUAAUUUAUCUGGUCCCCCAAGAGGUCCACCCAAGGUAUCUACAAGUUUAAGCCAAAUAUCUAAACCUAAAACACCACCUACUACUCCUUCAGGGCCAGCCUAUGAGAUGCCAGCUUUAAAAGGAAAAGGAGCAGAACUGUUUGCCAGGAGACAAUCUCGGAUGGAAAAAUUUGUGGUAGAUUCAACCACUGUGCAAGAAAAGGCAGCUCGACCAAUCUCUCCGACUCCAUCAUUACCAUGUUCUUGGAAAUAUUCAUCUAAUGUCCGAGCUCCACCUCCAUUAGCAUACAAUCCAAUCCAAUCACCACUUUAUCCUACAGCGGCAAGCAAACCUGGAUCCAAGCCUGGAUCCUUAGCUGCCAAGAAAAAGCCAAAAAAAGCACUGAGCUCUCUUGAAGUAAUGAAACACCAGCCAUAUCAGCUUAACUCUUCAUUAUUUACAUUUCAACCACCUUCUCAAAGCACAUCAGAUACAGAAAUAUCUAAGAAGACCACCAAGUCAAACGUUCCUCUUCCAGCAAAGCAAGCUCAACCUGCAAAGCCUGUCAAUGCUCCUUACAUUAAUGCCCAGCCAACACCUGAAUAUUGUCAGCCAGCGUACAACACACAACCUUCCUUCCAGUCGAGUGUCUUCACUCCUACCAGCGACUCCUACCCUUCAGUGGCCUAUGCCAUGCAGCCUAGACAAGAAUCACCAGUAGCAACACUGAUUGCUCCUCCGAGGCCGAAAUUUUCUGCAAAGAAAGCUGGUGUUACUGCCCAGGAAAAGGAUGGAAGAUCCAUAUCCUUCCCUGCCAGAAGUUUUUCAUCAGCCAGUUCACAACCAUAUGGUUCUCUGUUAUCUCCAACACUUUUUGAGCCUGCAUCUGGUUACUUUGGCAAAUCAGCAGCAACACCUGAAACACCGGGCAAGAGAUUAACUCCAUGGGAAGCAGCAACAAAAUCUCCAUUGGGGUUUGUGGAUGAUGCAUUCUUGCCACAAACUAUACAUGAAUCUGUAUCUGCCAAUGUAGUGUCUGCUGCACGUCGAAAGACUCUACCAGAGCCUCCAGCAGCUUUUAAGUCCACCUUCACUCUGCCACCUACUAAUAGUGCUAACGUCUAUAGGAGUAGACCUAGCAUUUCAACCAUACCAAAGAAUGUAGUGUCUCCACCUUCUAUGCAAUGCGGUUAUCAGCUCAGGUAUCCUUAUUCCAGUUCACAUUGUAUGACAAAUGCAGGUUCUGUACCAUUGGAAACAAGGUCAGAAUAUUGCAUGUCUACAGGGCGCAAUCCAAACUUUAAUCCUUAUCCUAGGGCAUGGAGGAGCUGAAUGUCAAGUAUAAAUAUACAGUUGUGCAAAUGGCUCACAAGUUAUAAUGGUCGUCCAAAGUUUUGGACUUCAUGUGGGCUUCUAGUGAACCAGGAGUUCAUGUGAAACUAUCACUUAAUCUUUUUGAGAUCACAGAGAUUUAGAAAUGCACGAUUUCAGAUGUCAGAUUUUCCAAAAAUGCUUCAUAAGGCUUUUAUACAGUACUCCAAAAUUCAGCAUCUACAGACCAAUCACUAAAUAUGGUGAGCGAACCACCAUUAAAAAUGAUGCUUUGAGCUAAAAAAAAGAAGGCAAAAUGCAGCAGGCCGUUUUCCCUGUGUUGUUUCUCAAACAGCUUGCUCCAUGAUGCUGAAGGUUAUUCCUCCAAACCUUCAGCCUGUGUAAAGAAGCCCAGCUAAAAAGCUCUCUGGAGUAAAAGCUAAUCUUCGGAUAGGGUAUCUAGGACACAUGGCCCCAUUGUCUGCAUAUGGGAUUUCACAGGUGCACUGCCCAGUUGUCUAGCCUCUCCGUCUUCUAUGAUGCCAUUUUGAAAAACACUUUCACGUACUGCAACCAUAAUGAUGAGACGUUUGUUUGAAAGAUAGCAGGGGUAUAUGAUAAAGAUUAAAAAGGGAACUGGAAGAAAAAUUGGAUGCAUGUGAUUCAGAAGACUAGAAAGUGAGAAUAUUGUGAGGUUUUAAAAUAGUAUGUGAAUCCGGCCUGCCAAAAAAUGAAAGUGACUGAUGAAAGUGAGGGAUGUAAGACACACAUAAUAGAUUAAUGAUAGUUUAAUAUUACAGAAACUGCAUUCGGGAGACCAGUGUCCAUUUUCUAUAGGUAUAUAUACUCUACGAUGCACCAUUACUACAGUGUUCUACCCAGUACACCCUUGGGCAAUUUUGUAAAAGGUUGUUCAGGUCAAUAUUUUCUCACCAAAAUAUUGAGUGGAUUUGCACAUACAGUUCUGUUCCAAAAAUUCUCUACAACAUUUUUAGUGGCGAUCUUUUAGAAAUACAUGCUGGAUAACCAUCAACAAAAAAGGCUAAGUACUGUAGUUAAACACUUAUUUUUGGAGAAUGAAAUCCUCGUUCCAUAAAAAUAAUUUCUAGGAGGCCACCAAUUGAGUUCAUGUAGCUUCUGUACAGAAGUGGUCACAGGAAGUUCUUUCAUCGAUAACAAUAUAUUAAAGAGGACCUGUCACCACAAAAUGCAAUAUGUCUGAAAGCACCAUGUUAUAGAGUGGGAGAAACCGAGUAGAUGGAUAUGUAUUUUAUACAAUGUUUUUUACCUCCUGUAAACAGCUAUCGGUACAGUAAGCAGGUGUUAUAAGGGACUGACAUCUAUCUCUGUAUGCACACUUAUACAUACAAUGAUAUCACUGAUGACCCCUCCAUCCUGUACCUAUAGGGAUUCACAGGAGGUGGAAAAAUCAAAGAUAUAAAUAUAUCAAUUAAACUUUUCCCAUUAAACUAUAUAUUAAUCUGCUAAGCUUCUACUCCUCUAUAACAUGGUGCUUUCAGAUUGCGUUGCAUUUUGUGGUGACAGGUCCUCUUUAACGUGCCACAGUAGAUAGGCAGGUUAGGAACUGCAUAACAUUUGGAUAAAAACAGACAUGGAUGACAAUACGAGGACAAUAAAUUAUAGAUUAUAGGCUGCAACUGUUCUGAGAGGGUGGCUUGGAGGAGCACCAGCAUCACUACAAUUAUCUAUUUGGUGCACAUUGGUCACCUAGUUGUCAGACACCAUACUGCUCAUUCAGUUUACAAAAGAGACCUCUAAUCAAAAAAAGUCAAAUAAUGCUCUAGAUUUGCUAUAUACUUUAUUGAAAGCCAAUGUAUUUGUACGUGAGGCAAUCAUAAUUUCCUUCACAAUGUUGUAAAUCCAUUGUUCUGCCAUUGCAGUAAUUAUGAUCAUCAAACAAGAUAAACUGUGUGAAUUGCUGUUAUGUUGAGUUCCUACUAAACUAUAGUCAGCAAACUAUGUGAAAUUGAAGGAAAUGAAGUGAUUGGUGGCUCUUACUGUAAUGUGAGCAUGGUUUGUUGGUAGUUAACCGUUGCUCAUGAGUACCAUGUAAACACAGAAAUGAGUCUGGUCAGGUAGUGCACCUGUACAGCUGAUGGAUGAGAGUGGCACUGUUUCUGGCAUUAAGUGUGCCUCUUUGUAGUUAGAACAGUUUGACCAAGCUCUCACAAGAUAUAUAAUUUUAUACACAUUGUAGUGGAGACAAUUAGGGCCUGUUAAUAUCGUGUUUUUGGCCUUUGAAGUAUACAAGCUGCCAAUGUAUUCCUGAAGACCAUGAGAUACAGCGGUGCUUGAAAGUUUGUGAAUCCUUUGGAAUUUUCUAUAUUUCUGCAUAAAUUUGACCUAAAACUACAUCAGAUUUUCACACAAGUCCUAAAAGUAAAUAAAGAUAAUUAAAUCAAACAAAUGAGUCAAAAAUAUUAGACUUGGUCCCUUAUUUGUUGAGGAAAAUGAACUAAUAUUACUUGUCUGUGAAUGGCAAAAGUAUGUGAACCUUUAAGAUUAGCAGAUAAUUUUAAUAUGAAAUUAGAUGCAGGUGUUUUCAAUCAAUGAGAUGAUAAGGUGAUUUAUUAAAGUCUAAUCUUCAGAACACACGUCUGUGGAAGUGUAUUCUGAUACGGACAAGAGAUUUAUGUGGACCUCGGAAAAAGAGUUGUCGAUGUUCAUCAGGCUGGAAAAGGUUACCAAACCAUCUCUAAUCAUCAGUCAGACUGUCUACAAAAGAAGGAAAUUCAAAGACCAUUAUUACCCUCUCCAAGAGUGGUCGGCCACCAACAGGAGGACACUGAACAAUAAUGGUGUACAUGGCAAGAUUGCAAGAAGAAAGCCUCUACUUUUCAAAAAGAACAAUGGUGUGCUUCUGAGGUUUGCUAAAGAUCACCUGGGUAAGACAAAAGGCUAUUGGAAAAAUAUUUUGUGGAUGGAUAAGACCAAAAUUGAACUUUUUGUUUUACAUUAGAAGUUUUAUGUUUGGAGAAAGGAAACCACUGCAUUCCAGCAUAAAAACCUCAUCCCACUUGUGAAACACAGUGGUGGUAGUAACAUGGUUUGGGGCUGUUUUGCUGCAUCUGGGGAUGGCUUGCCGCUGGAGGGACAACAGCAAGGUGAGUGGCGAGGCACACACGUCAUUCUACCAAAGAAUGGUUAAAGAAGAAAAAAGUCCUGACCUUAAUCCAAUAGAAAUGAUGUGGAAGAACCUGAAGUGAGUAGUUCAUUACUCCAAGCUGAUGCACAGGACUAUUUAACAAUUACUGGAAUCAUUUAGUUGCAGUUAUUGCAGCACAUCGAAGUCACACCAGAUACUAAAAAUAAAGUUUCACAUACUGUUGCCACUCACAGAUAUCUGAUAUUGGAUCAUGUUCCUCAAUAAAUAAAUGACCUAAGACUUGUGUUAAAAAAUCUGUUGUAGUUUUAAGUCAAAUUUAUGCAGAGAUAGAGAAAAUUCUGAAGGAUUCAUAAAGUUUCAAGCACUAUUGUAUCCUACUGUAGGGGGUCAGCAACAUCUAGCACGCCAGCUAUUUUAUGGGGUUUCAAGAACAGCCAAGCAAGUGUGCAUUCUGAGAGACGUAGUUUCACCACACCUAGAGUUUCAGAGGUUGCUGAUCCCUGUCUUGUAUAGAGUGUGAUACUUUGACUAGAGGCUAACAUUGGAUAAAGAAAUAUAUACCAUGUGGCAUGCUUCUCUACCGUUUAUCGUUGGAAUAGUGUAGUCUAGAAUGCUAUGCCAACCAAAUAUAAUAGAAAAUGGCACAUGAAGAAAGGACGCACACCAAAAAGUCACAUGAUUAAAUCCCAAAGUUUAUUAAUAUCCAAAACAUCUUCACAAAGUUAAGAAUCGUUAUGAACAAUUACAAAGGAAAUGUGCAGCAAAGAUAAUUGGUAAGCCCGUACCUCCCAUCUUCCUCACAAUCAACCCCUAAUAAGGCUACAUAUCAUAGUGAGACCCAGUAUCAAGAACCUAAAUCAUACAAAAACUGUUGAUAGAGAAAACACUAAAGUGACCAGUGCAUAUAAACUGCAGGUGAAGCCUAUAACUCUUUUGGUAUUCUCUGGGUGAGGAAAGCCCUAUGGAUAUGCUUUACGUAUACACUGGGAACUUUUCCCUGUGUAGUUGCCAAGGUAGGGAUGUAAUGUGAUGUGAAGAAGCCCUUGAAUGUAUAUGAAAUCUUUUAACGCUUGCCCCUUUACAACAGUGGUUGGGGGCAUCCAAAUGGCCUGGGCAUAGUCAUUGCGUACUACUUUGUAUCAAUCAAUCAGCACUAGAACAUUUUUUUAAAUGUCUGGUAUAUUUUUUAGGAUUUACUUUUGUACGUUGAAAGUCCUAUACAUAUCACAAUGUUCUUAUGCUGGAUAUAAUACUGUAUAUAAUUCUCUUUUCCGCAAUUACUAUGUUCCAUGCUUCAAAUACCAUGCAUAGAUUCCAUGGCAACCCACGACUAGAGUUUCGAAUUAGUCCUCAACAAUAAGCUGUACGUUAGCUGCAGUCAGCGAUGGUCUUUCUUUCACUCUUCAGAAUAGCACAGGGAUGGUAAAGCAUGAUUAUGGUGUUAAGAAAGUGAUGGGUAAACAUGCAUUCUCUUUACGCUAUGUGUAGGAGUAUAUUCAGGCAUCUGUCAUACAUAGCCGUAUGUAAUUAUUACACAAAUGUAACAGCACUGGUUGCAAAAAUGUUAACUACGGGUGGGCAAAAAGAGGUUUGUCAGUUUGUCAGUUGUAAUGGCUUCUUCACUGUAACCUGCUUUAGAUGAGUUCUUCUCAUCAGACAACCAUAACUCAGUAAGGGGUGACACUCUUGACAACCUUCUACUAGACAGAACCUAAAUCAGCAACAUAUAUGGCCCUCAGUUCUUGAGGACUAGAGGUGUUUGCCCAAUGGUUUCUUACAGGUAAGAAUUGGGCUUUCAGUAUGGGGAUCUCCCCAGCAGAGAGCCCUGCCAAAUGAAAAAGGAAUAGUCAAAACAUGGCAACCCUUCUAUGUCACUACAGAAUUUACAGAAUAGAACUGGGCUUAAAGGGAUUUUCCUGGAUUUAAAUAUUGAUGACCUAUCCUUAGGAUAGGCCAUCAUUAUCUCAUUGGCUGGUGUCCGACACACCAAACCCCUAUGAUCAGAUGUUCUGCAGUAGUUUUGGCACAAUGGAUGGAACCAUGUAGUCCCAGCACCAACUUCUGGUGCCAGAGCUACUGCAGAACAGUUUAUCAUCGGGGGGCAGGGUAUCAGAUGGCUUAUUCUGAGAAUAGGCCAUCAGUAUUAAAAUCCUGGAAAAACCCUUUGAGACAUAAAACAUGAGACAUAUACAGUAUAUUACAUUUCGUGAAGAAUUAGCCACAACUAUGACUUGAGAGGUUAAGUAUUUAGCAUGAAACGACUUAUUGGGGUUGACAGCUAACAAUUAUAUCAGAUUUCCAUAUUUUUCUGGCAAGCCAUUCAUGGCAUGAGUUUUGGGCCCAGUUUCUCAGUCUCUUGAAAUCUUAUGAACCAUGUAGAAUGGAGGCCUUGCCAGUUAACAUUGAUUCUAUGGGCAAGCUACAUACAUAGACGCCCCUAAAGAGUGUGGCCCCUGAGCUCUCUGCUGAGGUUUUGAAUGGAUUAUAAAGCUUGUGCAUUCUCCAGGCGUCAUUGAACAGCGUUGUUAAGUUUUAGAGGAACCUUUAGGCUCCUUCGGUCUCUGUCCUAAAUAGAGACUGGCUAAUAACCAAAGAAAAGAGGGGAGAACGGUGUACAAAAUGAGAAAGGAAGUAAUAGAAAUCAUUACCAUUUGUGUAUAAAUGACACAUAUGUGCAGAGAACAUAGUCAUCAUAUAGAAGAAUUUCAGAAUGCACAGUUCUGCGUGGUUAUAAGCAGGUAAUUAUCUCAAGCCGUUCAGUACAUUAUUUAUGCAGUUUCUUGAUAAGUAUGUGCACUGUCAUUUAUCUUUUAAUAUGCCAUUUAAUACAGCAUCAAUAAAUGUGGGGAUAGUGACAUACCUACUAUAGAGGCAGAGCACACAACUACUGAGGCUGGUAGUGGGAGAGGGCCUGACACUGAACUGCUCCCUCUUGGUGUCUGUUGAACUGGCCACUAGGGAAAGUUGGCAUACUGAUUUGUACAGCCUCUAUCAGGUUCAAUGCCAGCUGUAUACAUCUAUAUGGAUUUGCUCCUCCUAGUGGUGGCUGUGUUUAGACAUAAUUGUAUUAUUCAUUCAAGUCAAAAGUUUGGACCUGAAAAUGGAAUGCUGGACAUUAAUGUAGUAUUCCAUGCCAGCCAUUUUCAUCAAUGAUGGAGACAUGCCCUUGAUCAUUAAAAUGAACACGUAUGACAGACAUAUGCUUCACUAGCAAAUAAAAAAUGGAAUUUAACUUUGUAUGAUCUUCUCUCAGCAGAUCUAUGGUAUAUGAUUGUACUUGCUCAAUGCUUUUAUUUUGUUUAUUAUGGUGUUUUAUCUUUUAAGAGUUAAUCCACAUAUUUGUACAACUGAGUUGAAUUUUAUAGAUGCAUGUUCUUUAUUUCAUACAUGUAUGUAUACACAUUGCUGGCAUCAAUGAUUCCCCAAAUGCCACCAUCGUCAGUGCUAUAACUGUUAUGCUAAAAUGAAAAAUAUCUUUCUUUCUGUAUAUGCUAAUUACAGUAUGUGCAUUUAGGGACUUCAUUAUUAAAGCGCUAUCCUCAGGAUAGGUCAUGAAUAUUAGAUCAGUAAGGGGCCAACAACUGGCACCUCCAGAAAUCUGCUGUGUCGGGCAGCAUCCAUUGCUGGUGACUAUGCAGUGGAUAGAAGGUAGUUUCUGGUUGGUGUAGUUUCAGGUGGUUGCAUACUGCAGCUCAGCUCCCAUUCAAGACAGGACAUCAGCUUCCUUCUCUGUCCACUGUCUAGAGCCCAAAACAGCUUAUAGGUGGGGGUGUCGAGUGCCAGACCUCCACCAAUCUGAUACAAUAUUUAAGUCCCAGAAAACUCCUUUAAAGGGAACCUGUCAGCACCAAAAUGGAUUAUAAACCGCCAGAAUUUUAGGAGAACCAGGUGUACAUUUUUGUUACAUUACAUUUAUAAAUGCUAAUGCCGUGUAGCUGUAGGAGAAAUUGUAUAUACGGAUGUAAAUAUACACUCCUUCUGUGCAGCUGGGGUCCCUAGGAUUAUGCAUUUCAUUAAAACUUGUCCAAAAGUGGAGAUGUGGCUUAUAGUCAUACUGUAAUUUUCUGUCCUGGCUUAGGCCAGGUUCACAUGAGUGUCCUCAGUCCAUCUCACGCCCUCAUUUCCCAGACUGACCACUGAUCGUCUGUCCUGAACUCAAUGCACCAUAUAUUGAUUUAUGAUGCUGUGAGUUCCUGCUCAUUUGCAAGUCUACUGUAUUGUACUCACAGGAUGCUGUCAGUACAGUACAGGAGAUCUGCAGUUGGGCAGGAACUCCCAGUGAGUAUCAGUCCAGGAAAUGUGGCUAUCACACAGGGUGUAUUUCCGGGACCAGACACACUGAGGGGAAAUUGGCCUUAUAAAGCCCUUAUUGUUUAAAAUAUUUUGGUUGUAUAGCAGAGCAACUUUUGGGACCUCCUCGGGCAUCAGGGCCCAGGUGCGAUGCAACCUUGGCACCCCCUAUAGCUACUCCAGGCAACAUACUAUUUCACAAACACAAGAAAUCUUAAUUUCCAGUGGCUGACUUGAUCUUUGUUCGCAUCUCUCCUUGUGGAAGUAAUAUCAACACUGAGAAGUUACCCACAACGCAAGUACCUCUUUAUAAUGUAUCACACAAUAAAAAAAUAAGUGAAAUGGCUGAAUUACUGCAUAGUAAAUGUAAAUAUUCUGUAAAAUUCACUUUUAAAACUUGUCAAGAAUACAACAAUCCAGGGGUCAGCAACCUCCCACGAUACACAGUUGCUUGGCUGUUCUCAGAAAAUCCGAUAGAAGUGCAUGCUUGAAGAUGUCGUUUGACAACAGCUGGAGUAGUGGAGGUUGCUGACUAAUAUACAGAAAGCACAAGACAUCUCCAGGGGUUACAUAAUGUUAUAUACUGUUUCCUGCACCGGUAUGACAUACAAUUGUUCUUUAAGCUGAUCAUUGUGGACUAUGUACACUACCAGUUAUCCAAAUAUGCAAUGCUGAGAUGAGAACUGGGCACUUGGGGAUCAUUGAUCUACUGUAAAUCACCUAAGCAUCCUGAUAUUAUUCUUUUUGAGUGUAUUUUAUUGCGUUUUGGACCUUUUUUAUUGUCAUGCCUUGAUUGUCCACAAUAAAAGAACACUUGGAAAACUCA